CGCCUUUCCUCGCUCCGUGCCGGCCUGCCUGGGCGGAGUCUAGCGGAGGCCGCUGUUCGCGCUGCGAUGGCGGAGCCGGCCGGGGAAGCGUUGGACGCCUUGGCAGUGCGGCUGGGCCAGGCCGCGGCGCCCUCGGGUUGCUUGGCGACGGUGCGGCAGUUGACGGGCCUCUUCCGGGAGGCGCGCCACAGAGAAAAGGCAACAGAGCCCUUGUUCCAAAAUCUCCUUCAAAUUUUGACGAAAGCAGCCAGUGAAGUUGAUGUGGCCUGCAAGAAUGUCAAUACGCCGGCUCAUCUGGAGGACUGGUUUCUGCUGCUCUCAGAAUGCUUCCGAUGCCUACGGAAUGCCUGUGUUCAGUGUGCCAGUAAUCAGAACCUUAUGAGGAGCUUGGGUCUGAUUGAGAUGUCUGUUCACCUAAUCCUGUUGCUUCAGAAAUUAGAAACUAAUCUGGAGUCAUCAUUGACAGCUUUCCGUUGUAGCCUCCAGUUUCUUGGAAAUAUCACAACAGGAAACAUAGAUUCCCAGAAGAGGAUCUGGAAGCUUGCAUUUCCUUCUCUUUUCUUGACUUGCUUAAAUCAUCAAGAUGAGAAAAUUGUUGAAUAUUGCUGUAUGAUUCUUUUCACUUGCCUUAACCCCGAGAGAACAAGAGUGCUACGAGAAGAAAACAAUUUGAACAUUCCUCUUGCAGUUCUGCAAGCCUGCAGAAGGUACCCGGAAUCAGAAUGGGUGUUCUUGAUUGUUACCAACCAUUUACUGAAGUGCCCGGAGUUGGUCAAAGCUAUGUAUGCCAGACUGAGCAAUCAAGAAAGGACUAUGUUGUUAGAGUUGGCAUUAUCAGAAAUAAGCGACAAGAAUUCAGCUGUUUGCAAGGAAAUGGACAUGUUUCUUGCAAGCUGUUUCCAGGAGAAAUGUCAUUCUGUGCUCAGAUUGGCUUCUGCUACAAAUAAUGAAGAUGAGGAAGCCCUGGUUGUGAUUCGGCUUCUUGAUGCUCUUUGUGAAAUGACAUCCAAUGAUGGACAACUGGAAUGUCUUCAGGUUUGCCCAGAUUUGCUUGAGACUGCUGUCAGAACACUGCAGCUUGCCCAUCUUUCUGGGAAGCAGGCCACCAAUGUUUUCACUGCAGCUCAUUCUGCAACAGGGCAGGAGCAGAUCUCUCACCCUGCUGUGGGUUUCAAAUCGCAUCUGAUCCGUUUGAUUGCAAACUUGUGUUACAGGAAUAAAGCUAAUCAAGACAAGGUUUAUGAGCUAGAUGGCAUCCCACUGAUCCUGGAUAACUGCAGUAUAGAUGAUAAUAAUCCUUUUAUAAGCCAGUGGGCAAUUUAUGCCAUCCACAACCUUACUGAACAGAAUGAAAGAAAUCAAGAGCUUAUCUUGCAGAUGGAGCGGCAGGGACUGGCUGAUAGUUCCAUCCUUGAGAAGACAGGACUGAAAGUGGAGAAGGAAGAUCAAAAGCUAAUUCUGAGAUCUGUCAGGAAGAUAUCAGAUCUCUAAGUAACUAACAUAAAGGUUUUUUUCCUUUACCCACUACAAACACUGCUUUGUGAGCAGUUCAGAAAAUUUUCAAACAGCCUAUUAGAACUCUUUUCCUGAAAGAAUAAAAGCCAGUGAUUAAAUCAUCACUUAAUCCUCUUUAAACUGAAUAAACUUGUAAGUAUGAAGUAAA